AUGGCUGAACAGGCGACAGCCACUCUUGCGAGCCUGCCUCUGGAGGUGCGCCAUAACAUAUUUGCCCACGCAGCUUCACGUCCCUUCAAAGCCAAGAAUCUGCUGCGCUACUGGUUCGAAAAACAAGAUGCGAAACAGCAGAUUUCCGAAUUGGCCGCCGACCACCCUGCCGGGCCUGCACCUCGAGUAAUCUACUGCGCCGAUGCCUUUGAUGGAGACAGUGAGAUAUCGGACUGCGACGAGUACGAUGAAGCCGAGGGCGAGGAGAACAGCCAAGAAGCCGAAAACGACGAGUACGACGAGGAUGACGAUGGCCAGCCUGAACAUGAUGAUUACGAUACUGAUGACGAUGUUGAUGAACAUGAUGAGACCAUGGAAGAGGAUGAGGAUGACCAGGCUACAGCAGUAGUGAGCGUGCCUUCCACCCAGACCCAGAAUCCUGCGCCUGUUCCCACACAGGUGGCAUCGGGGAACUUUCCAGGAAAUGCAAAUUCUACAAAUGGGUCCCAGAGCAAGGAGCAAGACGGCCUACUUGAUGACGAGGAUGAUAACGAUGACGAAGAAGAUGAAAUGGCCAGCAAUGAGGAUGAACAGGACGAACUGGACGAAACUGGAGAUAACGGUUAUGAGUACUGGAAUGAAAAUUGGGGUGAGGACAGCAAUGAUGAAGCGGAUGACCGGGUUAACGAUGGCGAAGAUGCUGCAACUGACUUACGCUCUCCUAUCAUCCACGUCCCGGCUAAAUGGCGUCAUGUCCCCAAUUUCAUGCGCCUGUCCCAGUGCCCGCCAUCAGUCGAGCUCUUCUUGAUUUCUCAACAGUUCAGCACUGAAGCCAAGGAUUGGUUCUAUAACGUCGCCGUCCUUCAUAUUGAGGCUACUGCCAGCUUCGCGCACACCUCUUUCGUUGAAGAAGCUGUCAGCCAGAUCACUAAAGUCGCCUUUUCUCCCAUAGAGAGCAUCCGCAAGAUAGAAGUCACUUUUGUUUGGGACUCAGCCUGGAUGCACACGGACACAACUGGCUACGUCGAUGAGAUCUUCCCCGCCCUUCUCCGCCAACGCACGAGCUUGGUCAUUCAAAUCCUCCAACAGGCGCCUGAGCUCCGUGAGGUGAUCGUUCAUUGGCAUGACUCUGCACAAGAAGAUGCUGACGGCGCCCUGCGCCUCGACGUCUUCGAGUACUUCGUAUUUCUUAACGCAAAUGUCCAGUUCAAGGAGUACUACGUUGCGGGAAAACCGAAACGCAACAGCAUUGUAGGCCGACAGCGCAUGGAGUACCAGAACAUUCUUGACCAGGGUCUGGGUCUCUUAUGUUAG